UACAGGAAGCUAAGGAACAGCACAGGAAUACAAAACUGAUGAAUGCAUUGUUACGAUUGCAUCGAGAAGUAAGCCCAAAGCUUGCAGCUUGUGCAGCUGAUUUAUCCUCUCCCUAUCCUGAUUCUGCCCUUGGUUUUGAAGCUGUCUGCCAACUUGUUGCAUCAGCUCUUGCUUAUUGGCCAGUAUAUGGUUGGACUCCUGGCCUCUUCCACUCAAUUCUUGCCAGUGUUCAAACUACUUCAUCACUGGCCUUGGGUCCAAAGGAGACCUGCAGUUUACUUUGUCUUUUGAAUGAUCUAUUUCCUGAAGAACGUGUCUGGCUUUGGAAGAACGGGAUGCCCUUGUUGAGUGCCCUUAGGUCAUUGGCUAUUGGGACUUUAUUGGGACCUCAUAAGGAGAGACAGGUUGAUUGGUAUCUGGAGCAUGGUCACCUUGAGAAGUUGCUCAACCAAUUGACACCACAGCUCGACAAAAUUGCCCAGAUUAUCCAACAUUAUGCCAUCUCAGCUUUGGUAGUCAUACAAGACAUGCUUCGAGUUUUUAUAAUUCGCAUUGCUUGCCAAAAAUCUGAACAUGCUUGUAAACUUCUGCGGCCUAUAUUAUCAUGGAUACAUGAUCACAUUUCUGACUUAUCUUCUCUAUCCGACAUGGAUGCUUACAAGAUUUAUAGGUUCCUUGAUUUUCUUGCUAGCUUACUGGAGCAUCCAUAUGCCAAGGCGCUGUUGCUAGGAGAGGGUUUUCCUCAGAUUCUAACUAGAGUGUUAGAGAGUUGUUUUGAUUCUAUUGAUUCAGAUGGGAGGCAGAUUUCAGAUUCUAGAGAUUAUGCUAAAUAUGGGUUUGCUUUGAUUAGUUGGUGCAUCCCAGUUUUUCAAUCUCUCUCACUACUAUGUAGUUCUCGAACAUUUUCCCAAUAUAAUGGGAGACAUGAUACGCACAAUUUUGACAGUUUGAGCCCCAAAGAUUGUUCAGUAUUUAUAAAUCAGCUCUUGAAGUUUUGUCAGGUCCUACCGGUUGGAAAAGAAUUAGUGUCUUGCCUUACAGCUUUUAAAGACUUGGGUUCUUGCACUGAAGGGCGUAGUGCAUUGAUGUCUGCUUUGCGAUAUAGUGGCAAUUCUACUCGUGGGGAACUUGAAUCAGAGAGAGGACAUGAAAAGAAUGGAAAUUUUCAUUUUCUGAAUGAAUCUGAAUGGAGAAACUCUCCCCCCUUGCUAUGUUGCUGGACAAAGUUGUUGAGAUCUGUUGAUUCAAAAGAUUGUUUAUCAACUUAUACAAUUGAUGCUGUUAAUGCAUUGUCUUUAGGUUCUUUGUGCUUUUGCAUGGAUGGGAAUAGUUUAAACAUGAAUGCUGUUGUUGCAUUGAAAUUCCUUUUUGGGCUUCCUGAUGAUAUGGCUGGGUUACGUGGCUUUCCAGAAGAGAACAUAAACUGUAUCGAGGAAUUCUCCACUCUGUUAAGUUCAAGGAUCAGUGAUGAUGACUAUCAAUCUCCAUCGGAUAUGCAUGUCACCAUGUGUCAGGUUUCAGAGUCUGUGAAAUCAUUGUUGUUAUUGUUCCAAAAUUCUACUGCUGCUGUUAAGGUGGACGAUACCAUUCUCCGUGAAAGUGUUUCUUUUCCUCUAAACAAUUUUCAAGAUCCUUCAAGAAUUCAUCACUUCGGACAAGGCAUGGGUGAAAAGGCAGAUGACAACCUUUACUUACAAGGAUUUGAAGACGAGUUUUCAUGGGAAUUGCCAGAAACUUUACCUGAUAGAUUGUCGCAGACAGCUCUUCCUUCAAGAAGAAAACUGCAACCAGCUGACAGCUCAAAUAGGCGUGCCAGAGGAGACAAUUCAGUAGUUGAGAUAACAAAUCCAACUACAUUUUCACGGGGAUUGGGUCCAUCUACAGCCCCUUCUGGUGCUACACGAAGGGAUACUUUUCGACAGCGGAAACCUAAUACGAGUAGGCCUCCAUCUAUGCAUGUGGAUGACUAUGUUGCAAGAGAAAGGAGUGUCGAUGGUGUUGCUAAUUCUAAUGUUAUAGCUGUUCAGCGAGUAGGAUCUUCUGGGGGGAGGCCUCCUUCUAUUCAUGUGGAUGAAUUUAUGGCCAGACAGAGGGAACGUCAAAAUCCUGCUGCAUCAGGGGCUGAGGCAGUGUCACAAUCUAUGAAUGCAGCUCCUAUAAAUGGAACAGAUAAUGAAAAACUGAACAAGUCUAAGCAGCUGAAAACUGAUCUUGAUGACGAUCUUCAGGGAAUUGAUAUAGUGUUUGAUGGUGAGGAAUCUGAAACUGAUGAUCAGUUGCCCUUCCCUCAGCCAGAUGAUAAUCUGCAGCAGCCUGCUCCUGUAAUAGUUGAGCAAAGUUCUCCGCACUCUGUUGUUGAAGAGACUGAAAGUGAUGUUAAUGGAAAUAGUCAAUUUUCUCACAUGGCUACGCCUUUAGCAGCUAACGUUGAUGAGAAUGCCCAAACUGGGGCAAAUAGUUCAGGGUUCUCUGCUCCAGUUUAUAGUACACCUACAACAUCAUUGCAGUUGCCAGCAGAUUCAAGGGUAACUCCACAAAACUUCUAUCCAAAGAGCAGCCCCCAGUAUGUUAGUAACAUUCCUGUGGCAGCUGGAUCUCGAGGAUUAUACGAGCGCAAAGUUCUUCCAAAUCAGCCACCUUUACCUCCAAUGCCUCCUCCAUCAACAAUUUCACCAAUCCAAUCCGAUUAUUUGUCUGCAGCUAGUGGCAGUCCUUCAUUGUUGCAAUCUUCCCUUUCUGUGUCAGAUUCCAAGUUUAUGCGAACCUCUAUGUCUUCGCCUAGUGGAACUUCUAGGCCUCCCCCACCUCUUCCUUCAACACCACCUCCAUUUGCAUCUAGCCCAUAUAACUUAGCUUCCUUAAAUGCUUCUACAUCCCAACCAUCAGUUUACAAUCCUACUGGUAUGGGGAAAACUGAACUUCCUCACAGCUCUAUCGGACCUACUAUUGAUGCUCGACUUCCUGCUUCAGCUGCUGGUUUGACUUCUUAUCCACCUCCACCACUGAUGCCAUCCUUAGUUUUUAACAGGCCUGCUUCAAUCCCGGUUACACCUUAUGGAAGCACUCCUGCACAGCAGCAGGGUGAGAACCCUCCUAGCAUCUUGCAGAAUCCCUCUAUACCUCAGUCGUCUAUUCAGUCAAUACAUUCUCUUGUUCAGUUGCAGCAGCUUCAACGACCGUUGCAGCCAACUCAACAUCUUAGGCCAUCCGUUCAAUCUUCCCAGCAGUUAGACCAAGGGGUGUCUUUGCAAACCCCUGUUCAGAUGCAAAUGCAGUCAUUACAAAUGCUGCAACAAGCUCAUGUUUCUUCUGUUAAUCCUUAUUAUCAGUCCCAGCAGCCAGAGUUUUCACCAGCACAACAACAGCUGCAAGUCGAGCUUGUGCAACCCCAAGCUCUACAGCAAGCAGGUGGUGCAUCCCAGCAGCAUCAAGAUUCUGGAAUGUCCUUGCAUGAGUACUUCCAGUCUCCAGAAGCUAUUAAGUCUUUGUUGAGUGAUCGAGAGAAACUUUGCCAGCUAUUGGAGGAGCAUCCAAAGUUAAUGCACAUGCUUCAGGAAAAAUUAGGACAGCUGUAGCAACAUGAUAGCGGAUUGUGUGGAUGCUUCUACUGUAUCAUACUCCUGACCCGUAAUCACCGGUCCAACACUUCCCAAGUACAUCUCUCAAGGCACAACCAUAGUCGCAAUGUUUUCAAGAUUCAAAUGCUGUUGCCUGAUUAUGCCUUUCCUACAAAUUUUUGUAAUCAGUUUGAUACAUUCUUUUCCAUGUACUAUUAUUAAUUUGUAUCCUUUUUUCUAUACUUUUUGAUUUUAUUCAUGAGUAGGGGAAAAUUUUCCACCCCUAGUUUCCUUAUAUGCUUCUACUUCUAGCCAACCCGACAGUUUCUUCCUGUGUAUAUAUAUGCUGUACUGUCAGUCUACAAAUAGCUACCGUUGCCAACCCUGUCAUGUGUUGCUCAGAUUGUAGUGUAACUUUUGAAAAUCUAGAUUCAAAUCAAAUGCAAUGUUCUAACU